CACCAUGCUAAUCUGCGACGCGAACUCUCUGUACCGCCCUUCAUCCAGCAUCCGGAGCGGUCUUGCUCAUUUCGUUUCUUAUCGCGUCCUGCUCGUGCCAGUUCCGCUGAGGCAGCUGCCAUGCAAUCACGCUGGGAAGGGCCGCUCCUGCCUUUGGGAGCAGCUAACGUGGCCAGCAUUCGCGGCCGGCCUAUCUCCGCACCAUUCUCUACCCUCGACAUGGUCUCUUCUUUUCUUCAGCCUUGCCAGGUGCACCACAGGUCUCCUUAUUGCAUCGUUUAGCCGCAUUGUCUAUCCUGCACUGCAUCCCAUUCUAGCAUGUCUAGCCCAGCCCCCCGCCCGAGCGUGGCGCACAUCCCCGGCAUCGGUCCAUCCAGCUCCAUCCUCCAGCGGCUGCUUCAUGAAAUCAACAACACCGGUGCGCCAAGAUCAGACCCUAUUUUCCCAGCCAACAACGGUCCACGCUCAAGAAAUGGCUCCAUGGCUUCCUCGAGAAGAGCGUCGUUGAACUUUAGUACCGUCCAACCGGAACAAAGGAAAUUGUCGGUUUGGGCCAAAGGUGGAUCAGCUGCGGAGGAUGCUCGCCAGAAAUUGAGAGCUCUCGACGAAGCCCGUCUACGCAAGCCGUCAACAAUCGCCGCUCAAUUUGACAGCCCAACAGCGUCUCCCGCCGCCAUUGCUUCGCGGAAAUCAUCGGCUGCGUUGCCUUCUCAUCCAUUCUUCACUGAGAUACAGUAUAACCGCGCGGCUACUUUUCCGGAGUCCGGGCCAUCUUCGCCUACCUUGAAGCAUGCAAUCGAUAGUCCUGGUGAGAGAAUAUCUCUUAUAGCCGUGUUUUUGCUGACUGUGAAUUGUCACACCAGCUGGAAAACGAGAACGCAGCGGCGCCUACUCACCUGAUUUUAUAUCAAAGAAACUACGCCAAAAGAGUUUCCCCGACAUGGCCUGCCGGGACCGCGACUACUGCUCAGCAUUUUACACACGUGACGACAUGGUGCCUGGGGGUGGCUCUGUCGUGACCACUCGGGUGCAAAGCGCUACCUCGGAAGACCCCGUCUUUCGUCUGGAACCGCUACCCGAGGCCCCUACAACUCCGCCCUCUCCACCCUAUGGUUUUCGAA